AUGGGUAAGCCAAGGAGGAAGAUACUAGCCACGGCGGAAGACACCCUCUACCCGCCAACUGCACUCGAGGAGGGCCAGACAAUCGCUCGAGUCGUCAAAGCGACGGGAAACAACAUAUACUCCGUCGAGUUGCCGUCCAGGGAAUCGAUACUGGUGGAGCUUCCUGCCCGUUUCCGAUCUACCAUAUGGAUGAAGCGAGGCACCUUUGUCGUCGUCGAUUCCACUGCGCUAGAGGAGCGAGAUAACAAACUCGCCGGCGAGAUCGUGAACAUAGUUAGGGAUGAUAAGGCGUGGAGAAAAGCAACCUUCUGGCCAAAGGAGUUUGUUAAGAAGGUCGUGGAGCACAGUGACGACGAAGAGUCAAUUGUUGGGAAACUUCCUCCUUCAGACGACGAGGAUGUGUGA